AUGUUUAUCGAAACACUUACUCCCCAGGAUCCAUCGAGAGAGCCAUAUAGCUUGCCCUGGCGUGAAAGCCUUAUGCCUAUACAAUAUAUCCCUGCAUCUCAAGAAACAACGCCAAAAACGCUGCAAGAUGAUGACAUAGUCGCCAAAAGGCUCUCCAAAUGGCUAUCAUCCUCAUCGCAGAAUGCGAGUAAUGGUAGCAAGGAACAGGAUCCUUACCAGUCUCAUGUCGGCUCCAAUCUCUCUACCAUCGCUUUCGAUAAUCAAAAACUAGCAGGGGGCCGAUGUUCCGAGCUGUUGGAGUUUUGUAUUCCUCCUCACAAACCUGACGAUAAGUCGUCACAAAGUUCAGAGCGACUGCUCCUCAAAGAUGAAGUGAAGAAGGAUCAAACAGAUCAAGAUACUCGUGGCAAGUCUUUGGUAUUAGGUCUCCGUCAGCCCAGACGACUGAGAUCCAGAAACCCCGCAUGUACCAAAACGGUGCAUUUCGCACCAGAUCUGGAACAAAUUUGCCACUUCUACCGCACCGAUCGUCCAUCAGCAGUCAAUUCUGUUUCGGCACUUGUCGAUGACUGGCGUCGAGACAGUCUCAUCCUUCCCGCAAGACGCUGUGGCUCGCCAAUCGAUGCCUGUCAGACUCGUUGA